AUGGUUACGAGUCUUUUAGGAGGAGGAUUGUUAUCAUUAUUUGUUGGAAAGAUGCUAUUGUCUCGACGUGCGUGCUACAAAUGUGGCAAUAUUGGUCACUACGCUGAGGUCUGCUCCUCUUCUGAGCGUCUCUGCUACAAUUGCAAGCAACCCGGACACGAGUCCAAUGGUUGCCCCCGGCCCCGAACGACAGAAACGAAACAAUGUUAUCAUUGCCAGGGUCUAGGUCAUGUCCAGGCCGACUGUCCUACCCUUCGUUUGAAUGGCGGCGCCUCUAAUGCCCGCUGCUAUAGCUGCAACCUGCCUGGGCAUUUAGCUCGAAACUGCCCGUCCGGCGGCAUACAGCAGCAGAACCCUCAAGCUGUAAGGAAUACAGGCUCAGCCCGUGGAGGGUUCAAUGCUGGUUUCCGAGGCGGGCCCGCGGGGUAUCCCAGAGCUGCAACAUGCUACAAAUGCGGUGGCCCGAACCAUUUUGCACGAGACUGCCAAGCGCAGGCUAUGAAGUGCUAUGCUUGUGGAAAGCUGGGUCAUAUCUCCCGCGACUGCACUGCACCUAACGGAGGGCCUCUAAGUUCCGUUGGGAAAGUCUGCUACAAAUGCUCCCAAGCGGGCCACAUUUCCCGCGACUGUCCUACCAACAACCCAGAGAUAAAGGUGCCACCUACUGUUACGACUGAACCCACAUCAACAACACUUAUUCCAGAUGUGGAGGUUCCCGUGGAAGCUCCAGCCGUCACAACUGGUACCGUUAAUUCUACUAUCACGGCCUAA